GAGUCAACCUUUCAGAAGUUGUAGAAAUUAGGCUUACAACAUCUUUUUGUGCCUUUUCUCUUUGUGAAAUCCUUAGAUAAACAGUGACAGUUAAUGCUCAUGUUGGUUCUUGGCAGUACCUAAUUUCAUAUAAACAAUACAGUUAUUGGGCCUUUUAUUUUGAAAGUACCUCCCCGGAAAAGUACAAUUUAUGCCGGCCAUCUUGACAGUGCUCACCACACUCGCUUGGACCACGGCAUUUUUUUUUUUACACGGCGGAAAUGAGCCUCAAGUUCGUGGCUGAAAGUUUUCUUUUCCUCAUUUUUAUCGUGGAAGACCAGUCGCAUGCAGACACAAUGAGAGAGAAAGCGAGGGGCUUUUCCACGCGAGCCUUUCCCUUUGAAGUCCACGUCGAUCUGCUCCUGCUCGGCGCUUAGAUGCUACUUUAGAUCCCUCAACACAUUUCCGUUAUGCGAAGUCCAACUUGGUGGUUAGUCGUCGUGCUGCGGUGGAUGCCCGUCCGAGAUAACGGAGAACCUACUGUCCGAGAUGGUACUGGAUGCAUUCACCUGCUACCAGGCUCUGUUCCCAGUGAGCCGCAGCCAGAAUACUAGAACCUCUAAUCAUGCUGCACCGUCACACGAUCGUCACACCAGUAUGUUCUGAGGCCGAUUCAAGGUUUCUAUUGCAAAUCAUCUCUGCGUGCUGAAGUGUGGAGGGGUUCCUCAUGCGUACGAGAUCAGUUCAGCAGUGAUUCCCUGCCAGUUUGGUUACUGCAAUGAAUGGUAACACUAUCCAUCCAGCCAACACCACUUCAGCAGGAGGAGGUCCAAGUGUAGCGGCGCCACCGAGAGGCUGGUGGGAGUUCUGCGAGCUGCAUGCCAUCGCAACAGCACGACAGCUGGCUGGACAUUACCGGAGCUUUGCCAGUGAGCGUCCGCAGCAUGAGCUGGUCCCGCCAGAAACCUUUUCCAAGCACUUUACCGACCUCUUCCAGCACCACUUCUGCUGUGAAGUCGGCAAAGAUGGCAGUCCACUCAGCCAGAGCCCAUGCCCAAUUGCCUCCGCUAGUGCCUCCGCCACAACUCCUCCCGCUUCUUCUUCCUCGCCGCACGCCUUGAUCAGCCGGUUGCGUAUCUCUUCCCUUUCGCAGGACUAUCGGGAAGCGGGGCGGCCGAGCGGAGGAGCCGCGUCAAUAUCUGUGGUACCAAAAGUGGAGCCAGUGGUGGUGCGUCAGGAGCAGGAGCAGCUGCUGAGAUGUGCCGCAAGAAACUCCUUUUCAGGGUCUCGUAGCAUCGGCGGCGGGUCGCAGCUCUUUCAAAGCCACAGCAGUGACGACAUCUCUGGCACUGAUCGCUAUCAGCCAUCUGAGCGGCAUUCCUCGGACUCCUUGGUGUCAAAUCCUGGACACAGCGAUGUCACGCAUUUUCCUGUCAGCCAGAUCCAAAGGACAGUACGACGGAUUUUCCAGAAACGGCAUUCCCACAGCUCCCACUCAUCCCAGGACCUGUCUCCUACCAAUCCCUACCCUACCACCAUCACCACCAAUAACAGUCUCCCAAACAAUGGUGACAGAGUGGAGGAAGGCUCAUCCUCUUUCUCCCACUCGUCCUCUCUGCAGAACCCGGAGGCCACCGUCCCAGCCACUUUACAUCGGCCCAGAGUGGUCUCACACCUCCUGGAGGGUUUUCGUUGGUUACGCAGCAAAAGCAUGAGGUUCAAGAGGCUGGAAGUGAGCGGCUGCUGCAAAGAGGGCCAGCUCAAGUACGUGCUGGUGGAUGACACUAUCUCAGACUCUCAGCCCCACUGGCAACGCUGCCGCCUGCUGGUCAGGAGGAUCAGAGACACUCAAAGUGAAGUGGGUAGAGCAGGAAACGAGAGGUACCAGCUGGAGCUGUAUGAUCCCCCAAAGGCCUCCAGUCCCAAACUGACAACUCACUGCUCAGAUAUCCAAGAAGUCCGUCGCUGCACCCGACUGGAGAUGCCCGACAACUUAAACACUUUUGUUUUAAAGGUUAAUCGAGGGAGUCUGAUUUUUGAGACGGACAACGACCAGCAGGUCAGCUCCUGGACCACAGAGCUAAAAGAAUGCAUCAACAACAGGUCAGGCAGUGUGGAUCUGGAGUCCCCACUGUCUUCAGCUGACAGCUCUGUUGCAGCCAAUCAGAGGAGGAGCUCAGACUCAGGGAGUCAAAGUCCCGUCACCUUCAGUCUGCCUGAGCAGGUCAUCCAGAAGGCUGAUGACUUCCUGGUUUCUUUCCCCUGGUUUCACGGGCCCAUCUCUCGGGUCAAAGCGGCCCACUUGGUCCAGAGCUCCGGACCCGAAGGUCACGGGGUGUUUCUGGUCCGGCAGAGUGAGACUCGAAGGGGAGACUUUGUCCUCACGUUUAACUACCAGGGAAAAGCAAAGCACCUGCGCCUUUCUCUAAACGAAUGGGGCCAAUGCAGGGUGCAGCACCUGCGCUUCCCCUCCGUCAUGGACAUGCUCAGUCACUUCCGCCUCUAUCCCAUCCCGUUGGAGUGCGGAGCAGCCGGAGCCGUCACACUGUCCAGCUUCGUACUGGCCGGCUCCAGCCCCCCAUCACAGGGUCAGCUCUCCGGCGCUCUCCUCGUCCCCUUCUCCCUCCAUCGGUGGAGCUCCGAGCCCAGCUUGGCUUGCUGCAGCCUGGCCCGCAGUUCCAGUCAGCCCCCUGCCUUCUCCUCCUCCUCUGCCAGCACCACCUUCACUUCCAGUCCCAGCUCCUUUUCCCAGGUGGCCCGCACCAUCCCCGCUCCUGAGCCCACUCCGUCAGCGCCCGCUCACCUGCGUCGGAGCGAAUCGGUGGGGAGGAGGCCCCUUCUGCGCAACCCCAACCCUCACACUCCCAUCAUCCCUCAGCGGGACUCGGACUAUGAACUGGAGCCCGACCGCAGUCGCAAGCGGGCAAUAGACAACCAGUACAUGUUGCUCUGACGGCCCCCCUCCCCACCGUCUCCUUGGUCGCCUGUAAAGAUAACAUGGCGGCUCCCACGUGGUGAUGAUCACUCAGAUGCAGUGUGUCGCCUUCUUCAGGAUAAAAACCUGAUUAAAGCAGGCUGAUGAACACGAGGGAACGAAUCCGAACAAGUCUGACAAAUGCAAAACACGCAAAAACAAGUUUGCCUCAGCCUCAGAACCUCCAGUGUCCACAGUGAAUGUAUUUUGGACUUUUAGAGUGUUGAUGACGAUGAUUUGUUUUCAAUCGAUGAGCUCCGGCGGAAGAGAAAAAGUUUAUUAACACCUGUUGUAGUGAUUUUCUUGGAAGUGCACUUGAUGUUAUUUCUUCGACACUUAACCCGAAACGAUGGGAAUCACUGUCCGCUCCUUUGGGAAUACUUGGGGCAUAAACCUUUUGCACAAAGUUCCCAAAGCGGACCAAAACCUCCAACUUUCAACACAAACAAGCUGCGCUCCUUUUCCUUGUGGGAUCAAAUUCUGUUCUUCCUCUCUGUGCAUCAUAAGCAUCUAAGUGCGCAUCACUUUCAGUGCACUUUGUACACUUUGUGUAUUUUUUUUCUAUACACAUCAUUUUUGUAGAAAAAAAAAAAAAAACAAAGUAAAAAGGAGAAAUGUUCUAGAAAGAGGUAGUUCUAGAAACUAGAUCGCUGGUAAAAAAAAAAAAAAAAAAAAAGAACCACAAACAGGAUUUAGGAUCAGAUUUUAGUCUGGAUGUGGGAUGAGCAAAGCAAGGUCCUUGAGCUCCAAUGUUUUAUCAGCCAAAUAAAUUAUGUUAAGUAAAUGAAGCCAAAUCAAAGCAAAUGCCACACAAUCAAACAGACUGGAGUGACGAUGAUAAUUACUGACAAAUACCGUCCUGCAGCUGGAAUCUGAGGUCCAGAAAGCCUAAAAAAAAUAUUGGAUCCCCACUAGUCGGCCCUGCUUCCUGCUGGGGGAAAUCUGACAGGGAUGUCUCAAUGUCACUUUUAUCAGUAUGAAUCAGUGGUGUCCAAAUCCUGGAGCCGGUGUCCUUCAGGUUUUUAGUGUUUAUCCUGAUUUAACUAAACGGGUCGUUAGCAGGCCUCUGCAGAACUUGUUGAGAUGCCGAGGAGGUAAUUCUGCCAUGUUAAUCAGCUGGGAUGGAUCAAAAAACAUGCAGGAAUCUGGUCUCUUGAAGACCAGAGUUGAACAUUCUUUGACGGGGAGUAAAAAGGUACUAAAAUCUAUUAUCCAUAAAGAAGUUGGCUCCAGUUUGUUGCUUUUGUGGCAUAAAAAAAAAAAAGAAGAAAUAUUCCAAAGCACCAGAAACUCUCCACUUCCAGACAGACAAUGAUCGGACCGAGUCAGAGGUAACAUUUGACUCGGUCUAGAUGAUUUGUGCACAACAGAGACGUUGGGUUUUCAUUUUCCUGCUUUUUCCCCACAAUUUCAUGCACCUUCUCCCAUCCUGGUAGCAGGCAUCGAGUCUUUGCUUUAUUUUUUACACUUAUAGCAUUAAUUCUUCAUAUUUUCUCUUACUUCACCACAGCAGCCUGAACCAAAAGGACUGCAAGAUGUUUGUUUUUUUUUCUUUUUACACUAGAUGUAUUUUCUAAUCGAUUUUUAUAUAUUUUUUAAAAGGAAUGAGAGGAACGUUUUGUAAACAAAGCUUUGGAGGUGUCUAAAUGUGAUGAGGGAUGUUGCAGAACCACUAACAUUGACAAUUAAAGGUGCCUUUAAAAGGUUUAAAAACCACCAUUUUGACCACAACCAACUCAGGUGUGCGUCUUAGUUGCUGAAAGCUGAAAUGAAGCCUUUAACCAAAGCCCAGAGUUCUCCUUCAUUGUGUUUGUUUCUUCCUUUUCAUCCCAAACUUUAGAGAUUUUAAAUCAACUAGAAGACGAUCUGUAAAACAAAAGAAAUAAAAUAAGUGUUGCGUCCAUUCGCAGUGAGAUGAGUUUGGGAAAUAUUGUGCCUUCUAACCUUGCUUGAACACUAACUUCAGCAGAUUAUUUUAGAUUUAGAUUAGCAGUAAACUUGCGCCGAAAGCUUCCCGUUUCGUUUUCCUCUUUAAUUUGAUAGUUUUUGUAACAAUAGGUCCGCUUUUUCCAUUUGUUUUCUACCCAGGUAAUAUUUGUUGGUUGACUUUAAUGGUUGUCGCGUCCUCUUUAAUGUAUCAUCGUGAUCUAGACUGACAUCUGUUAAGGGGAACAAAAACAAGGAUGUUUUUGGCAAACGUACGGUUGGUUCUUCCUGACUUUGUGUCUGAACAGAUUCCUUCGUCACCUCUCUGUUUCAUUUCUGCUAAAGCAGAGCAACGGUAAAAACACACAAAAAGAAGAAAACUAUUCUGAGCAUCAGUCUCGUAUCUUGUCUGUUUUAUUUUUAUUUUUUUUGUGAAUCAUUAUUCUUGGGAGAGUGACUGUGCCUUUGCCAGAAAGCUGCUGUUGCUUUUUCCCCUUCUCCAAAGCUCAGGGUGUGAUCGUGCCGUGCAAUAAAUGAAAGAUGCUUCACACCGUGCUGAAUGGAAGAAUUAAGUGUUUAUAUCCGCUUAUAGACAGAAAAUAAAAGAAACAUUUGAGACAGAAAUCCUGCUGCAUAACAAGAGCUGCCAGAUAUUUUUUUUUAAACUUUUUUAUAAACCAGCAAAACCCGAGGCAGUGCUUGAAGUGUUAUCAAUCGGCUCCCCCCUCCCCCACCUGUUGUUUAUUUGAACGUGUCCAGUUGAUGAAUGUAAUGUGUUCUGAAUACUGUUCAUCCUGUCUGUUAACUUCGCACUGUAAACCUUCCACAUCAACGCAACAUCCCGUCCACAGCAGCUUCUCCUGCAUCGUAUUGGGUCAGCAUCCCUUUCAGUUACGAGCAUUUAAAUUAUAUUAAAUAUAUAUAUAUAUAUAUCAACUGUAUAUUUGACUUUUUUUAAAUAAACCUAACUAAAAUGAUAA